AUUUAUAUAUCGAUGAUUGUUAUUUUAGAAAGAAAACGCAACCCGAAAACAUAGCAUAAAACCCUCGAUUCGAAGGAUCCAACCGCUAGGGUUUUAGGCCUUUCCUCACCGUCGGCGGCUCGGCGCCAUGUAUGGGAACUCCGGCGAAGCACCCCCGUGCCGUCCCACGCCACUUACAGGCCGCAAUCUCCACCGUCUCCACCGCGCAGAUACUCCGCUCUUCCGGCUACUCCGCCGCUGAACCUGCCGCGCUCCGCGCCCUCUCCGACAUCGCUGGCCGCUACAUCGCGUCCCUGGGCCACGCCGCCGCAGCUUUCGCCGAGGCCCGCGGCCGCACGGAGCCCAACGUCACCGACGCCGUCCUCGCGCUCGAGGAUCACGCGCUCGGCGGCUUCCCCGGCGCGGCCGACCCCACGCGGCCGUUGCUCUGUUCCGGCGCGCUCGCGGAGCUCGCCCAGUUCGUCGCUGCGGUGAGGGAGGUCCCGUUCCCGAAGCCCCUGCCGAGGAGGGAUCCGGGUUGCGGCUCCGUCGACGGGUGGGAGAGCUUCGCGGCGGCGGGGAGGCAGCCGCCGCUGAACCACGUUCCACAUUGGCUUCCCUGCUUCCCGGAGGGGUGGGAGGAACGGUUGCGCGUUCGCUGCCAGGUGGCAGCGGAUGACGAGAAGGACACAGGGCAAGUGGUAACGGUGAUGGACGGUAAUGGCAAGAGAGGCGUGCCGGAGAAUAGGGAGAAGCUGUCGUUCAGCUUGGGACAAAAGCGGCAGCGUGUGAAACCAUCCCACAAGCACGGUGGUGCCUUUGAGCGGUUCACAGAACAAGGAGAAAAUUCUCUAUCCAUAGAAUGUAUCUCUUCAGCUUCAAAUUUAGUCAUUGGUCCAUAGAAUGCACCCUCUUCAGCUUAAAAUUAAGUUAGUGGCCCCUUGGCAUGGAAAAACUCUGAAGCACUAGAGCAAUAAGCUAUACUCCUUCUGUAGUUCUGUGUUGGCCUUUAGGUCUGAAACUGUUACACACAUGCAUAUUUAAUUGAAGCUUUCAAGUUAAUCUCUUCAAAUCGUGCCUUAUUUUUGUUAAUUAACUUCUGUUCAAAUUUCAGGCAUUCACAAGACAAAACCAGCACAAUUUGUUUCCCGUGGAUGGCUAAAUCUAUCAGAAGUUCUUGACAUGGAUCAAUAAGUGAUGCCACUAACAACACUUAUUGUUGUUGCAGAAUGACUCCAAUUUGCUCCUAUUCCAGUAAUUUAGCUUAGAUUCGUUCCCAACAAAUUGCGUGGCAAGGGAACAAAUGGGGUCUCAGAUCACAAUUAUGGAUUCAAUUCUGCUGCUGGAGUUCUAAAAGGUGUUGGGACCUUCUGUAUGGACUAUCAGACUGCAGUAUUUGAGAAGAUCUAGAGCAUCGUCUAUUGGUGCAACAUCACAUUCUAUCAGAAGUGAACCUUACAGGUGAUAGGUGUACUGCAGUUCAUAAUGUUGUGCUGUCUCCAUGAUCGCCGCUUGAUUUGGAGUUCCCAAAAACAAAUCACAUGUACAAGGGAGUAUUUGCAAGGCCUUCUGGACACCCUCGUAUUGGCAAGUAAUUGAAUGGCUCUUGCUUUGCUGGCAGUUACUUGGAACUCUGUACCUAUUGCAGAGCUUCAGGGAGAGAUCACAAAGACUGCCUUGUUUGGCUGUCUGGUCAAGGCAGUGCUGCCUGACCAGACAGCAACCCAGCCCGUCGAUUUUCUGCCCCUGGUCUGGGGGACGCUGCCGGGCUGACAAACAUGUUGCAGUAGAGGAAGAAGAUACCAAGAUGUGCUUUGUCAUUGAAAGCAUAAUGUCGCAAGUUCAAAGAUAAAAUGCAAACACGCGAUUCAGUUCUGUUACCUCUCUACCUUAGUAUUCGAAAGCCUUCUCCCACUGUUCAAAUUUGUAAUGUUAUACCCCAGUAGGGAAAACCUGGCAAAACAGCUAACAUAAGUUAAAACUGUAAAUAAUACUUCAUGCUAAAAAACGGGCAGAAGGUAUUGCACAGAUUGAUUUGA